CAGAUGGGUUUGUGACGAUUGUGGUGUCUGUGCGUCAUGUGGGAAGACACAGCCAGGUGAGGGCGCGAGCGCAAACAUGCGCUGGAAACAUGAGUACUCCAAAGGCACUGAUACCACUGACCCGGUGUUCUUGCAGACCCUUUGCCUGGCCUGUUCAAAGCUAUUCCGUAGUGGCAAUUUCUGCCCCAUUUGUUUGAAGGUCUACCGAAACUCAGAGAAUCUGACACCCAUGGUGUGCUGCGAUCGAUGCGACCAAUGGAUACACAUAGAUUGUGACAAUAUAAGUGAGCGCGAGUACAAGCUCAUGUCCGAGUCUGAGCGGGCGUACACGUGCGCAGUCUGUCGCGGAGACGUACCUUCGCGAGUCUGAGCUGAGCUGUAUUAGAGCCACGAGCAUUCCCCGGUUGAAGUAGCUGUGCGUUAUGAAACUCAGCCGUGCCAAAUAGUAUGUGCAACCUACGUAGUCGUCUACAAUCGGCUGCCACGAUGGUUGUGUGUCAGGACAGGGAGUGGGUUGGGACUGGGUAGCUUGAGACCCCCUGGGCCCCUAUGUAACGAUGACGCGAACAUAUAGAGACUAGUGGCACUCGAGAGCUGCGGUGUGGAUGUGAGAGUAAAUCUCCGAAGCUCGGAAGCUGCUUGGUGGGGCAUGAGACUGAUCCAUACUUUUAAGUAAACAUACGCAGACUUGC